AGCUCUCUUACAGUUUCUCCUGCACAGUCUCAGUCCUGAGAAACAAACCCGUAAGAGCAAUUUUCAUUCUUCAAGGGGCGUGAUGCAGUGUUUGUACCAUGUUAGCACAAGCAUUGAACUGUUUCCUAACUGUAUUCCUUGUGCCUUAGUCUUAUAAUAUGGCUUGUCCCCCUCAUAAGGUCCCAAAGGGGAAGGUCCUGGCAUCUUACUCCUUUUCCUUUAUACCAUGGCAUUCUGAGUCCUUCAGUGUAUGUUCCUGUAUAUGGCAGAGGGGGAUCAAGCCAGUCUAACUUCUCAACGGAAUCUGCUCCCAUGUGGCGUACCAGAUCUUGCCGUUCAUCCAGUAAGCCACUAAUUGUGGGCACCAGUCUAUACUCAUUAAUUGAACUCUUGCCCUAAAUGGCCUCAGACUGUGGCUCUGGGUCCAUUGUUUCUCUAGAUUGUGUGUUUUUCAUCCAUGGGACCGGGUAUGCUCAGAUAGUAAGUCUUUAACUUCUCGAUUCCCGGUGUAAUAGGAUUGGGGUGGGGGAGCAGCACAAUGAGGAGUCCUGUGUGGAGAAUAAGCAGAAUGAUCAUGCUCUAUGGUUCCAUGGAGGUGGGAUUUUUUUCCCCAAAGAAUCAUUUUGUUUAAAGAAGCUUCCAUUGUAUAUAUUCUCAUCCUCACCAAAGCUCACAUAAAAUUCACAAAGGAAAAGGCAUAAAGAAGCCCCCAUUACACAUAGUGAAAAUCAUUACAACUGGAAAUCAAAGUGGUGGAGAGCUUGAUCUGCCUUGUCGGAAUGCUGGAGUUUUGUCAAGCAGGGGUGGUCGCCACGCAGGCCACACCAUCCAAGUGUUCAGUUCUCUGCAUUUUACGACUCAGCAGUCGUUUGGGUGCCCCAUCUAUCCUUUGCUUCCCGCCUCUUUUGUGCUUCUGCAGCCAGGGUUGUGGUGUGCUAAGCUUGGAGGGUUAAGUUUAACAGCUGCUGUGUUAAAUAGGGCGCUUAGCAGGGUACUGAGUACCCUGGGAGUAAGGGCAUGAUAUGUCCCACUUUUAGUCUCUGCCGGUUUUGAAUUCCUGCCGUUGCCGUCAGUCUCCUUAUGUAGGCCUGCGGGGUUCUUUCUCUGCCUCCCAUGAUGCUCACACACAGUAAAGCUGUGUAGAAAUCAGCUGCUUUGUGUGAUACCCCCAUCCUCCCUUAGUGUUUCAUGUAGCCUGGGCUAGUCUUGAACUUUCUAUGUAUCAGAAGAUGGCCUUGAACAGCAGUUCCUGCCUCUGCCUUCCACGUGCUAGCAUUACAGGCGUCAUGACCCCCGUGAAGACUCAGCACUCCCUGGUGGGUCAGCCGUAUGCAGUACCCCUGAUCCAGCCAGACCUGCGAAGAGAGGAGGCAAUCCAGCAAGUGGCAGAUGCCCUGCAACACUUACAGAACAUCUCUGGAGACAUCUUCAGCAGGAUCUCCCAGCGAGUAGAACUGAGUCGCCGCCAGCUGCAGGCCAUUAGGGAGAGGGUCUCCCUGGCCCAGGCUAAGAUAGAGAAGAUCAAGGGCAGCAAAAAGGCCAUCAAGGUUUUCUCUAGUGCCAAGUACCCAGCGCCAGAUCGCCUGCAAGAAUAUGAUUCCAUCUUUACCGGUGCCCUUGACCCUGAUCUGCAGAGACGACCCCGUUACAGGAUCCAGAGCAAGCACCGCCCACUGGAUGAGCGGGCCCUGCAGGAGAAGCUGAAAUACUUUCCUGUGUGUGUGAACACCAAGUCGGAGCCUGAGGAUGAAGCUGAGGAGGGACUUGGGGGUCUUCCCAGCAACAUCAGCUCCAUCAGCUCUCUGCUGCUUUUCAACACCACAGAAAAUCUGUAUAAGAAGUAUGUUUUCCUGGACCCUCUGGCUGGCGCAGUAACAAAAACGCACACGAUGCUGGGCACAGAAGAGGAGAAGUUGUUUGAUGCCCCUCUGUCUAUCAGCAAGAGAGAGCAGCUGGAGCAGCAGGCUCCGGAAAACUACUUCUAUGUGCCAGACCUCGGCCAGGUUCCCGAGAUCGAUGUGCCAUCCUACCUACCCGACUUGCCUGGCAUCGCAGAUGACCUCAUGUACAGUGCGGACUUGGGCCCUGGCAUUGCCCCCUCUGCUCCUGGUGCCAUUCCAGAACUGCCCACCUUCCACACGGAGGUAGCUGAACCUUUCCAGCCAGAACUGGAGAAUGGGGUGCUGCUGGCAGCACCGCCACCGCCCCCGCCGCCCCCGCCACCUCCUCCAGCUCCCUCAGUGGUGGUCAGUACCCCCCAGCCGCCAGCGUUCCCUGAAGUGGAAACUGCACCUGGCCAGGUUGCCAGGGAAGAAGACACUAGCAGCAGCGUGGUCCACUCAGCCUCUGUUCAAGGAGCCCCUAAGGAGGUGGUUGAUCCCUCCAGUGGCCGGGCCACUCUGCUUGAGUCCAUCCGCCAAGCUGGGGGCAUUGGCAAGGCCAAGCUGCGCAGUGUCAAGGAACGCAAACUGGAGAAGAAGAAACAGAAGGAGCAGGAGCAAGUGAGAGCCACCAGUCAAGGCGGGGACUUGAUGUCAGACCUCUUUAACAAGCUCGUCAUGAGGCGCAAAGGUAUUUCUGGAAAAGGACCUGGCACCGGAACCAGUGAGGGGCCUGGGGGAGCCUUCACCCGGAUGUCAGACUCCAUCCCACCGAUGCCACCCCCCCAGCAGCCCGCAGGAGACGAGGAUGACGAUGACUGGGAGUCCUAAGAGUGCUUUGAGCCUUCUUGCACAUUCAGCAGGAACAGCCAGGAGGGACUCCUCGGCCAGCCAGGGCUUCUCAGGUCUUGUUGCCCAAAGAGGUCCAGGGGGUUAUACAAGUGUUCCGGGUCAGUGCCUGAUUUCUCUUAAUGGAGUGGGGGCUCUGUGAGCCAUCUGCUGCUUCCCUGCUUCAUGUAACUGCUUUGCUUGAUCCUCCACUGAAGAGUGCCACAGCAACGUGGUGGAAUAAAGAAAGUAACUAGACCUGAACCCAA